AUGCCUGCACGUUGCGUUUCGAAUGUCCAUCUCUACGAGAUUCAAGAACCUCGUCCUUGUACCCAAUGGAGAGAACAGCCGGGAUACGUUACUCUUCGAAAGCCUACCCUUACAGGUCCCCAAAACUCCAACUCACAACUCCAUUUCAACCGGCAAGCCCUGACCAAUCGUCAGGCAAGCACACGCCGGAAGAUUUCGACCAUGGAUAGUCGCAACCAAACAUCCGUUCAACAAGAACGUUCAACACCGAUCAUUGCAUAUGAAGGAACAUCCAACGGGGCGCUCGUCAGGGGACCAAAUACUGCCUCACUCGCUCAGCCGGCAAGGUCCACAAGCAUACACGAAGUCCACAUUCCUACUGCCUACAACUCCAACAAUCCGGUCUCAGCAGUUCCAACACCUAUCCCACCUCUACCCAGAACCCUGUUACUCUAA